ACGCCCUAUGAAUGGUGAUGGUUUUGGUGUUGGUUAUUACUCAUUAGAUCCUGAAUUGGAAGAUGGACCAUGUGUAUUUCGUGCAAUUACACCUGCUUGGAACAAUAUGAAUUUAGAAAGACUAGCUGAAAAAACAAAAUCAAACCUUGUGUUUGCUCAUGUUAGGGCUUCAACUUAUGGUGUAUUAUCAGAAACAAAUUGUCAUCCUUUCACAUAUCAUUCAUUAAUGUUUAUGCAUAAUGGUGGUAUUUCCGGCUUUGAUAAAAUUAAAAGAAAACUAGUGGCUCAUAUGAAGGAUGAAUAUUUUAUCUUCUUACAAGGAUCAACUGAUAGUGAAUGUUGUUUUGCACUGUUCCUUGACACUUUAGAUAAAAUGGGGUUUAACCCAGCUGAUGAAUCUACAAACUUUGGCCAUGAUGUUUUACGUGAGGCAUUAUUGCAGACUAUAGAGUACAUUAAGAAUUGGACUAAAGAUAUCACCUCAGAACCUUCAUUAUUAAACUUUGCUGUCACUGAUGGUCAUUCUGUUGUCGUUUCAAGAUACAUCACUUCAAAAACCGAGGAAGCAGCCUCAUUACAUUUUAGUUCAGGAUCAAGUUUUGUUGAGUAUGAACCUGGCCAAUAUAGAAUGGAAAGAUUAGAUCGUGGACAAAAUGUCAUCAUGGUUGCAUCCGAACCGUUAACAUUUGAAAGAGGUGAUUGGAUAGCUGUGCCUACAAACUCCAUUUUAAGUAUCAAGAAUCAAACGGUAUUGCUACACCCAAUUAAAGAUGAAUAUUAUCAAGAAGAUCCUCUAUAUUCAAGAUCUUCGAACUUUGCUGAAAGUAAAGGUUUAAUGGGUAGUGUUCCAUUGGCAGAUACUGUGGAUGUAGAAAUCCCACCAUUAGAAAGAGAAGGCCGUUCAAGACCCUUGACAGUAUCGUGAGAAGUGCAAAUGAAAUAUAUUUUAAAUUCAACGUCUGUAGUUUAUGUUUUUCGCGGGUGAAAAAAAAAAAAAUGAAUGCCUAUUUUUCGAUCUCUUCCACACGUAUAAUCAAAGCUGUUGAAAAGACAGAAGGCUUUGGGAAAUAAUGUCAUAUAGAGGGUUUGGGCUUGAAAAUGUUGGACCUGGUGGUCCCAAGAAACACUUCUCUGAAAUGACGCAAGAAGAACAAGCUGAGGAAGGGGCGAAACAAAUGAUUGAGUUUAUGGUAUCUUGUCCUGGUAAAUCAAUAAUGUCUGGUGUUACAGGUUUUGGUUUAGGUGGUGUUUUCGGUUUAUUCAUGGCUAGU